AGGUAAACUUUUUAUUUAGGAUACAGGUAGUUUUUGGUUUUCCUGGUUAAAAAUGAAAGCUUUAUUCCUACUGUGUACGGCUGUAACAAUUUUACAGGUUUUAGAUGUAUCCAUCACGGGAGUUUCAGCAGCCACGACCCCUGACGGAACUGAUGAUCUAAAAACAAAGAAAUUGAGGUUGACGAAUAGAGAAGUAAAAAAACCCAAUCCGACUCCAAAAUACACUAAACCCGCAGACGAUCCGGCUUCGCCUGAUCCAGUCGAUAACGAUCCUGGAACAAAUCCGAACGACGAUGAUUCGGCCGAAGCUGAGCCACCAAAGACCUUCAAAGAAUCGGGUAAAAAAUUUGUAAAAACUUUUAAGAAGAUGGCCACCAAUCGGGGAGUCCGUUUCUUAAACGGUGUCACUGGAUUUCUGAAAAAAACCGGCGGUGCAUUCAACUUUUUUGGAAAUUUCUUACGAGACCGGGCAAAUGGUGUGAAGGAAGUGGCUAAGGAAAGUCUAGGGAUGAUAUCGAGUUUUGGUGACAGUACAACAAGAGGAGCUAAACAUUUACUCAACAGUGGUAAAGUUAUCGGUAAACAGGCUGGAAAAGAAAUGUAUUCCUCGUUGCAAAAAGGGACAAAGUUGGGUGUAAAUGUAACGAAAUUAGGAGGAACUGCUUUUAGCACACCGAUGUCUAUUGGCGAAGACGUAGUGGGCACCACCAAUCGGCUUGCCAAAAUGCCAAGUAGAGUAUCGAAAAUGAUUACUAACGGCGCAAUAAACCCGGUUUUAAAUAUGUUUGGAUCGGAAAGCGGCGAAAAAAAUCCCGAAGAAGAAGAAGAAGAACUAGAAGAUAAAGAAGAAGAACUAGAAGAUAAAGAAGAAGAAGGAGAAGAGGAAAAAGAAGAACCACCCAAAGCCCCGGUUAAAAAACCAUCGACCCCACUGAAACCAGCGCCUAAGCAAGAAAUGCCUAAGCAACCAAUGCCUAAGCAACCAAUGCCUAAAAAAACAAUCCCUAAAAAAUAAACAGUAUAGCUAUAACGGUUCAGUUGAUGAAUUGAUAUAUAAUAAUUGUAUUGAUAUUUGUAAAAAUGAUAUGGAUAUGAUAUUAUAUAAAAGUACAUACUGUCUAAUUGGACGGCGCACAGGUUAAAAGGGAAUAAGUAACUCAAAAUCGCUAAUUACUUUUUAGGAGACCAAAAAAUUUCUCAUUUUUGUACGAUUGUCGAUUGCAUUAAAAGACUUACAUUUUUAAUUUAAAAUUAGAAAAUUCCAAAAACAAAAUAUUUUGAUUAUGUAAUCUAUGUAGAACAUUUUAUUCUACGAGAUACAGUAACAAUCUAAAUUUACUUAUUCCCUUUUACACACUCACUGUUCAAUAAUAAUUUUGUAGUGUUAAAAUAAAUUCAUAAUAUAAUCAUGUAAUGACUUAUAA